GACUUGCGAGCGACUGCCUGGAAGGCGUUCGUGAAAGGGUGCAGGGCACUAGCGGCGCUAAAUAUUUGAUCGCACAUUUGCCCGCCCCACACGCCACUCCAUCUUCGAAUCGCAGCAACAACGACCGCCCACCACGCACGACGAACACCGACACUCCCUACGCAAAUACACCACAUCACAUAGCAGCCAUGUCUCGAGUAGCAGGGUAUGUGCUGCCGAUAUGCGCCCAGUCGCACGUACUGACAGUAUUCGCAGCCGCACCGACUGGGCCGAAGAGGAGGACGAGAACGACCUCGCCCUUCCCCAGCAGACAGUCACCAAGAACAAGGACGGAACCGAGACGAUCGUAUCCUACCGCAUCAACGAGGACGGCAAGAAGGUCAAGACCACCCGUCGCAUCAAGAAGACCGUCAUCAAGCAAGUCGUAAACCCCCGCGUCGCUGAGCGCAAGGCAUGGCCAAAAUUCGGCCAGGAGAAGGGCAAGGCCGCCGGCCCCCAGACCGACACAGUCUCUGUCGCCGAGAACAUCGUGUUCCGCCCACAGUCCAACUGGAAGGCCGCAUCAGACGACAAGGGCGAGGAGGACAAGAAGAAGCUGGAGCUGAAGAACGCGAAGAUUAAGUGCCGUAUCUGCUCUGGCGACCAUUUCACAACAAAGUGCCCCUUCAAGGACACCAUGGCCCCCGAGGGCGCCGAUGCCCCUGCCGACAUGCCCGACGAUGCGCCCGGCGGCGCCGGAGGUCUCGGCGCAGGAAGCGGUGGAUACGUGCCCCCGCACAUGCGAGGCAAGAUGGGUGGCGGCGAGAAGAUGGGCGGCAAGUUCGACCGCGACGACAGCGCGACGCUGCGUGUCACCAACGUCAGCGAGAUCGCGGAAGAGCAGGACCUCCGGGAUAUGUUCAGCAGAUACGGGCACGUCACGAGAGUGUUCCUGGCCAAGGACCGCGAGACAGGGCGGGCAAAGGGCUUUGCUUUCAUCAGUUAUGCGGACAGGGACGAUGCUGCCAAGGCGUGCGAGAAGAUGGAUGGAUUCGGUUUCGGCCAUCUUAUCCUGCGCGUCGAGUUCGCCAAGAAGGCUUAGGUGCGCUUCUAGUAGUCUGCACGGUACCUUUGCGCGUUUACAGCAGGUGGCCAGGAGGUCGUUGUAGCGCUCACAAAAUGGUUGGGGGCAAUGGACAUUGUACAGGAAUGCGUGUUUAGCAAGACGUUUGACAGCGCAUGGCGCGCGGUAUACGGAUAGCAUAUGCUGGCGCGGUUGGUGGGUAUUGCUACGGUGUAGCCUGUUAUGGAUGGGCUAUGAUGUCGAUGACUAGAGAGUAAUGCCAUUCUCAUGAUCUCAA